UACCAACAAGUGAAACAAACAAGCCACGACUUCAGUACUUUCAGUUGCUGGUAGUGACAAACUUGAUCCGGAAGUAUCUGUGCAACGUGCUGCUUGGCAUGCUCACCCAACCCGGAAGGUGAAUUGUUGAUGCGGUGGAUCAGCUGAUGAUGUUGUUAGUGGCAGCUUGGUCCUUAGCCGCUACUAUCGGUAUUGUUUAGGGUAGUAAGAGCGACUUAGUGGGGACUAGGAAGUUUGUUCCCAGAAGAAGAGGUAGUAAAGUAGAAGGACUCACAGACCGGCAAACAAAUAAAAAAUCCCCUGCAGGUGUAUAUAUCCUAGUGUAUGUUAGAGUACAUGGCAACUCGGGACGGCUGAAGUGGACAGGGGUAGAGUCCGGUGCUAGUCAGUAAUUGUUGGGGAUACCCUUCCCUCUCCCACACAUCCCUGUUACGUGUGUCGUAUAUUGCUUAUAGUAAAGGAAAGUCCAACUGAAUCAGUGUAGAGUCAGGAACUUACUUCUGGAGCCUGGAUUCAGGCGAUACCCGUUAUUUACUUAAUAUUUACUAUUUACAGCUCAACAGUGGACGGUUUUUGUGGUCGGUUUUGUAUUUUUGUUUGGUGCCGCUUUUGACACCUGACACCAUCCUCUGGAUUCGGCAGUUUGUGUGGACGGGCCAAUGCUGGAUCUGGAAGUAGUGCCCGAGCGAUCUCUUGGCAACGAGCAAUGGGAAUUCACGUUAGGUAUGCCAUUUGCACAAGCUGUAGCUAUUCUCCAGAAGCACUGCCGUGUAAUCAAAAAUGUCCAGGUUUUGUAUAGUGAACAGUCUCCACUCAACCAUGACCUCAUUAAUAACCUAACUCAGGAUGGAAUUAAGCUGUUGUUUGAUGCCUAUAACCAGAGAUUGAAGGUAAUAGAGGUUUACGAUUUGAGCAAGGUGAAAUUGAAAUACUGUGGUGUGCACUUCAACUCUCAGGCAAUAGCUCCAACAAUUGAACAGAUUGAUCAGUCUUUUGGAGCCACUCAUCCUGGAGUGUACAAUCCAGCUGAACAGCUUUUCCACCUUAAUUUCAGAGGACUGUCAUUCUCAUUUCAACUGAGUAUGGAAACCCCAAAGUAUGAGCCUAACUUUGCCCAUGGUCUAGCUUCCCUACAAAUUCCGCAUGGAGCGACUGUGAAACGAAUGUACAUCUACACUGGCAACAGCCUUCAGGAAACAAAGGCUCCUAUCAUGCCACUCAGCUGUUUCCAUGGUAAUGUAUAUGCAGAGACUGUUGAUGUAUUGAGAGAUGAAAGUGGGCCUUCAGGUUUACGGUUUCGCCUACAAGCUGCAGGUUGUGGCCCAGGGGUACUGGGUGAUACAAAGAUGCGGGUAUUUGAACAAUCUGUGUACUUUGGAGAUUCUUGCCAGGAAGUAGUGAGUGCUCUUGGGUCUCCACACAAGGUGUUCUACAAAUCAGAAGAUAAGAUGAAAAUUCACUCGCCAUCACCCCAUAAACAGGUUCCUGCAAAAUGUAAUGACUACUUUUUUAAUUAUUUCACACUUGGAGUGGAUGUGCUAUUUGAAGCCAGUACACAUCAGGUGAAGAAGUUUGUUUUGCACACAAACUAUCCUGGCCAUUAUAACUUCAACAUCUAUCAUCGCUGUGAUUUCCGGAUUCCUCUUGCUGUUAAACAAGAAGGUGCUGACACCCAGAUUGAAUACUGUACAACCUAUAGCAAGUGGGAUAUGAUUCAGGAGCUGCUUGGACACCCACCAGAAAAACCUGUGGUGCUUCACAGAUCAUCUUCCCCCAAUAAUACAAACCCUUUUGGAUCAACAUUUUGCUUUGGAUUGCAGAGGAUGAUCUUUGAGGUAAUGCAGAAUAAUCAUAUAGCAUCUGUUACACUGUAUGGCCCAUCACGGCCCACCAGACCACCUCGAGCAGCAGAACUUCCCCAGUGAUCAACCUUGUCACAUUCAGCAUGUUACAUAAUAAAUGACGGUGUGCCUUGAUUUGCUGCCACUUACCACCCAUGACAGCAUGGUUUGAUUUUUUGGCCAUAUGGUAUUGAGGACUACAGUUUGUCUCUCACUGUAAGGCAUGGCCAUAGUGGUGGGAGAGACGCAGCAUUGCACCUGCGACAGUGUUCUUCUCACCUCUUUCUCUCUCUCUCUGUCUCUCUGUAUUUAUUGUUUACCUUUGACAGCACAGACUAAAGUUAGGUUAGCAUCAUCAUUUAACUGGUCAGGAGACAGGGAGAGGUAGAAAGCCAGGAAAGCAGUAUCACUGACUGCAGUUUUGAAGCACAAACAUUCUGAGCCUCGGAGUCUUGGAAGGCAGGUGAUGGUUAGCCUGUGUGUAUCUUUGUUACUGUAUUAUUAGUGUGGUAGUCACACAAGAUACUCACCUUGUAUUUUUGACUUUGUGCAACAUAUGUUAUGUACAUGGGAUCACAUGUACAACUGCCAAUUUUAGGCAUUAAGUCUCUAUGAAACAUCAGACUGUAGCUUGUGUAUCAGACUUGGUUGUAACAUUUGCACUACAUUCACUUUAAUUACUUGAUAAAUGUGUUAUUCACUGAACAGCAUCUGUGUGUCAGGUGCUGGUGGUGGGGGGGGGGGAUAUUUAAUAUAGUCUGCACAUAAAAGCUUGGAAUAUAUUUUCCUUUGAGGAUGGUGGCUUGGAUAAUGUCACCCCAUCUCAAUAAUAUCCAUUUGAUGUGCUACAGAAGUUGUUUUUGCCAUAAUAGGUUUACUAAUUUUCAUGAGUAAUAUUUUAUCCUUUUUAAAAAUUCUGAUAUGUGUCAUACUCGAGUAAAAUUUUAUUUGAAGGGUUUAUAGACUAGAAAGCAUUGUUUCCUAAUAUUACCUGGCAAUAUUACAGGUGACUUUGUGAAAAACUGAUCAUCUACUUGCAUUUAAAAUUUUUCAAAUGAAAGUACUUUUGUAAGCAAAGUCCCACAUUUGUUUGUCCUUCAAGCUGCAUUUGAGAGUAGCUGUACAAGCAUGACAUAGGAAUGGUGGACAAGUAGAUGUUCUUACAGAUGCUGCCAAAAACAUCUGACUUUUGAGUAGCUGAUCUUUCCCCAGGUUUUAACCAGUUUACACUCUUGUCUGCUAGGAGCACGAGCCACCCUGUCAUUAUGACUUGUUCUAGAUUAAAAUGUGUACAUUUAGCAUUGAAAGAGACUGUACUUGAACUUAGGCUUUUGUAUUACUGAGACAACUGACAGUGAGGGGAUGUAUGCCUUCAGAUAUCAGCAGCUGUACUAGGAAUUAGGGGACAUCAGAGAUGUCUUUGCUGCAUUCUAAAGCUUUUUGAUUUAAGUCACAGUAAUAUUGUAUUAGCAGGAAACAGUAGUAAGUGGAUUUGUGUAAUCCCAAGACUAAACCUGGAGUACUUAUAGUUUAUUAAUCAUGUAACUGAUGUUGUCAGUUUUCAUUCAUUCCUCAACAGAUAGUCCAGAUCUGACUCGGCUGUUACACUAGCUCAUGGCCACCAACAAACUCUCAAGCUCCUUUCCUACCCACAAUGCACUAUACCUAACCUCCCUUAGAUCUCGUUUGCCACUUUUGUGUCUAGAUGUGUUCGCCUUCACUCUCAGGCUAUUUCAUUAAGUAAAAUUUUUCAAAUUUACUCUUCAAAUGCUUAGCCUGUCAUAACUUUCCUACUUUGCUAAAAGGUUUAUUCCAUUUCCUUAUCUUUCAACGCUAUAUAUCCUUCUACACUUUUAAUACACUAGAUAGUGUAUUCUUCCUACCAUUGUUGGUAGGCCUUUUCUACUCAGUUUCCUUUCUGAUUUUGUAGUUAAACUUCCUUCCUUUAAAAAAAAAAAUCUAGCUUAUUUCUCUGCAUUUUCCUUUCGCUGGUGGCAAUAUUUGGAUUGUUACUGUCUGGAUAGUUAAAAUAAAAAUGUUAAGCCUUCUCUUGUUAUCUGGUUUUACAAGUUUUUCACCAUUAACAAUGUCUGAUAAAGACGUCAAGAAAUGUGAGAACGAUGCCAUUUUCGGAUGCCCACAUUUUGUGUGUGUACUGUUUAGGGUCUGAGUUCCUAGACCAAGACUGUGACAGUUGCAGUGGGUUCAACCCCAGAGCUUUAACAGAAAGAAAAGACAAGUUAGUAUUCAAAUGUUUAUUGCCAACGCCUUUCUCUCAGGCCAUCUCUGGAGUUCAGUCUCCCAAGGCAAAAUCCAAGGGCCCUAAAAAAGUCCAGAUCUUCAGCUUCUACUGCUUCAACUUCAUCAGAACCAAAGAAAAAGAAGUCAACAUCGGAUCCGACAUCUCUUGGGAUCCGACCAUCCUCAGAUCUGAUCAGAUAUCUGGCAAGUCCUACCUCUGAUCUUAGAGAAUGCACUACAGAUCUGAAGUCCCUGGAUCCUAAACCAUUGCCACAUACUGUAUAUUUGCCCAGUGUGGGUCCGGUACUGUCUAGGGUGCUCUCCACUUUUUUGGAGCGGCACUCCAAGUCUCCUUCAGUGGUAUCCUGUCGUUCCUCCAGAAGUCUCACAGAGGCAGAUGUGGAAAGGAUGAUGAGAUUCUUCACAAAGCAAUUUCAGAAGGGAGUCUUCACAGUUCCUACCACUUCGGGUCAGGACACCAUGCACCUACUACUCCACUGAUAACUCUUUCUCUGACCCAACCCAUGGUGUUAGAGUCCUCGGAUCUGAGUGUUCUGGGCCCUUCUGGUUUGGAUCUGAAUAGAGCAUUUUGGAUCUGAGUGCACUGGUCCCGACAUCUUUGGAUUCAGAUGACUGUCAAAGCCGAAGCUUCCAGGUCAGAUCCAAGGGGAUAGGAUAAAUUCCAAGAUUUUCAGAGCCAUCUCUUCCUCUCUGAGCUUCGGCAUUGGACAGCUCUGCUCCAGCUUUUGCCUCGGGUGGACAGCUGUCAGAGUGGAGGGAGGUGGCGGGCCAGAAAUUCACUUUCUCAGCUCCAUUGACUUCCUUCUCUCCUGAGCAGGAUGUUUUUGAGGUUGUGAAGAGAGUUUUCUGUGCUCUGGCAGGUCAGAGAAGGGUCCUUCCCUCUCAGAUCCACCCUUGACAUCUCAGCUGAUUUUGCACAGUGAUCCUCAACAUUCUGCUGCACGAGGAUGGCCAUCCCAAAACUUCUAGACUACCCAGCUGGGUAUUGUCAUCUGUCCUGAUACUUCUCCAGAUCAUCCCACCGAAGAAGUCCCUAAGAAGAGGACAUGCAAGAGGAUGCACUUGGACUCUCUCCAGGUGUCCAUCAUAGAGGAUACUGACUUUGAUGAAGGAGAGGGGUCUUCCAAAUCACCACAUGGCGACGUCUCAUUUGGAGACAUCCUUGAGAUUCUUAAACAGAAGGGUGGUUGGUCUGCCCAGAACCCAACUUCUGAGGAGCCAGUUUUUUCUGGAAGCUUUUGGGACUGGUCCAUCUACCUCCCAGGUUACCCCACCCACCCACUGAUGAACUUGUUGAUUUGGUUUCCCCUGUAGACCAGACAGGAUUCUGGCUCCACCAGUAAGAAGAGAAUGUUGGAGUAAAGGAGUACCAGUUGAUGCAAUGGUCAUGGCAGCAGCUACAAAGAAGGAACUUGCAGAACAGCAUUCCACAGUCCAUCCUCUCAGUACAGAAUUUAGGACACUAGACAGAUUUGGAAAGUGAGUUUAUGCUUCAAUGACAUUUGCUGUCCAAUGACUGAACUACUUGGCACACUUCACAAGACUGCACAGGGACUUGAUUAAGGAACUUUCAAACUCCCAUUCAGUGGCCACUACUGCAGAGGCUCAGAUGUCUGUGGCCUCACAGUUGGCUACCCUUCAAUCUACUGCAAAUUCAUCCAUGAGGCUCAUCUUGCAAGAAGGAGCCUCUAGCCACAGGUUCAGGUAUUUCCAUCAGGAGGCAUGCCUGGAUGUGUCAGUGUGAUUUUACGAAACCCUUCAACUCAUCUUUCGUCAGUGCUUAAUUUGAUGGGUCUUCUUUGUUUGGUCCCACAGUAAAAGACACACUCUCCAGGUGUGAGAAAGAUGGAAAUACUUUGUCUGCAGUGGGCAUACAUUUUUCAACCCCUCAACGGACAUUUUCUAGGAAUCAAAGGGGAGGUUGAAAAAUGUGGUUCAGGAAGUCUCAGGAUCCUUUCCAGGAUAUACUUGGGGUAGUUCAUCCAAAGGCCGAGGGUGGAUCAAUAAUUGCAGAAGAUGCAGGAGGCCCGCAAAGCCAAGGGUCCAGAGAUUCAUUUUCCAACAUACCCAUUCACCGCUCCUGAACGGAGGCCUGAUUGCCUUUCUCUGGAUGCAGUUGGGGUCACUUAUCUCUGCACCAGGAAGCCUGGCUAAACAUAACAAAGGACACUUGGUGGCAGAGAAUCAUUUCCAGAGGUUAUAUUAUUCCCUUUUCCCUACCACCUCUGUUACCCAGGACAAUACCUGAUGUUCCUCCCAGUCAGAGGGAAGUAGCAGCACUAGAAAUCCAAAAGCUGCUAGAAAAAGUCAUCCAAGAGGUCCAUCCAGACCAAAUAGAAUCCAUAACUUACUCAAGAUUCUUUUUAGUGCCAAAGAAGACGGGGACUGGAGACAAAUUUUAGAUCUCAGUGUGUUGAAAAAUCGGUUUGACACACCAAGUUCUGGAUGGUCACAGUACAAUCCAUUCUGUUAUUUCUGAGCAAGGAUGACUGGAUGUGCUCAUUAGUCCUUCAGGAUGCGUACUUUCACAUAAAAAUGAACAGGCAAUCCAGAACAAACUUAUGCUUCUGGCUGAGAGCCAGUCAUUACCAGUUCAGAACACUGCCCUUUGGCCUCACCACAGCCUCCAGGGUGUUGACCAAGUGUAUGGCAGUAGUAGCAGCUCACUUGAGAUUGCAGGGAUUCCAGGUGUUUCCAUCUGACCAGGUAUCAGCUGGCACAAGACUAAGUGUUGCAGACUUGUUCACAUCGUGGAAUAACUAUCAGUUACAACAAGUCACAACUGCAACUAACUCAGACAUUGGAAUUCAUAAGAGCAAUGUUCAACGCAGUAUCUAUGGUAGCAUCUUUUCCUUUUUCGAGAGUACAGACAAUAAGAAAUCAGGUCAAGAAAAUAAUUUGCAGUACCAGAAUUUCAGCCCGAUUGAUUCUGCUAGCCCUCAGAUCAAUGUCAGCGGCGAUAAUUAUAGUUCCCUUAGCAAGAUGUCACAUGAGAAUUCUGCAAUGGAUGGACCAAACACAAAGGUCAGUUCUCUCUCAACCAAUGUCGACAAGAUAAGAAUAACUCACCUAUGCAAAAGGUAUCUUUCCUGGUGGAUUCUGUCACAACUACUGUUACAGGGUCAUCAUUUCAUUCUCCCUUAGCCCAAGGCCAUAGUGACCACGGACACUUCAGUGCUUUUGGUGUUGCAAACAUUCCAAAGCUCUCUUCCUCCUGGGACAGUUGUGAUCCAAAUGGACAACAUGUCAGUAGUUUGGUACAUCAACAAACAAGGGGGGAACCAGAUCUUGGCCCCUGUGUCGAGAACCCCUAAGGGUGUGGCAAUUAGCGAUUUCUUCCAACCACUUUCUAGCUGCAGUGCAUAUUCUGGGGAAGUCCAGUGUGACAGCAGACAAACUGAGCAGGUCCAUCUUAUUACCUCACGAGUGAUCGCUCAACAGCAAAGUGACUGACAAGAUUUUCCAUAAGUGGGGUCAGCCUUGCUGUGAUCUUUUUGAAUCUCCCCUAAACAACAAGUGUAGCAGCUUCUUCUCCCAAAUCCCCUCAUCAGGGAGUCACAGAGGGAUGGCCUACUCCACGAUUGCCCCCCCCCCCCGGUCUCCUGUACGCUUAUUGUCCGACUCCUUUAAUUCCCAAAUUCCUUCAGAAAGCAGCCAGAAUGACAAGCAAAUUCAUCCUCAUUGCACCUUAUUGGCCUCGACAGAUUUAGUUUGCCUUACUUUGGACUCAUCUACGGUACCCAUCUUGGAUUCCAGACCUAAAUCCAGGCCUUCUGUCUCACUUCACAGGCAUAGUUCACAAGGACAUCUCAAAUCUCAAACUGCUUGGUUUCUCCAAUUCCAUUAAUAGCCAGGUAACCUAUGCUUUCUUUGCCUGUCCGUUAUAUACUGUUAUCUUCCCGUAAACCCUUUAUGAGGAAAGUCUACAGAAGUAAAUAGGAAAGAUUUGUUUAUUGGGCAGAGCAGAAUCAGGUAGACCCCUACUCAGCCCUGAUUCAUUCUGUUGUUGAAUUUUUAGCAAGUUUAUUUAAUGAGGGUGCUAGUUCAUCGACUAUCAAAGUUCAUCUUGCAGCCAUCUCUAACUUUCAUGUGAGGUUUCAGAAUUCCUCCCUGGCUUCUUCUAAACUGUGCAAAGACUUUUUGAAAGGUACCCUUUUACUCAGACCUCCUUAUAAAGAUCCCGUGACACCAUGGGAUUUAAAUUUGGUACUGCAAGCCUUAACACAUUCCCCCUUUGAAUCUGCAGCUAAAUGUGAUUUAAAAUUCUUGAAGUGGAAAACUGUCUUUUUAGUUGCAAUUACAUCUGCUAAAAGAAUUUCAGAACUUCAAGCAUUAUCUUCUAGGCCCCUCUACUUGAUUUUCCACAAGGAUAGGGUCACUUUAUGUAGCAAUGCUUCCUUCCUACUUAAGGUGGUGUCAGAGUCCAACAUUAAAAAGCCAUUAACCUGCUAGUAUUCUUCCCAAACUUUACAAAUAAAAGGAGAAUGUAUGCUGCACUUACUGGAUGUUCAUUGGCAAUUACGUUUCUACCUGCACAGAACAAAAGAAAUUAGAAAGACAGACCAGCUGUUUGUUUCCUUUGCACAUAACCAGUUGGGCGAAUCAGUUGCAAUGAUAAUUCUAGCUAGAUGGUUGACAUAUUACAUUUCAUUUGUCUACAAAAAAUUAAAUCUCCCCUUACUUAAAUCACUAAAGGCGUAUUCAACUAGAUCUAUGGCUACUUCCACUGUAUUCCAGGCUAGAGUAUCCAUGGAUGAUAUAUGUGUGGCUGCAACUUGGUUGAAUCCCCAUACCUUUAUCAUUCAUUACAAAGUAGAUCUGUUCUCAAGGGGAACAGCAACAUAUAGUUCAACCAUACUCAGGAAUAUCCUUCCUUAGAGUCCUCCCAGGAAUUCAGGUAGCUGGGGACUCUGUCCCAUCUCUUGAGGAAUAAAUGAAAAUUGAUGGCAUCAGAUAAAGAAGUUAUGUACUUAACAUAACAUUCCAUCUGUGUUGUCCAUUUUCAUUCUUCCUGAACUCUCCACCCUCCAUUUCUCAAAAAUUACUUCUGGAGGAAUGAGACUCUUAGGGACACCAUAUGUCCACUGUGUUGAAAUCCAUUUAUGGCAAUUGUUUUAUAGUUUCUCUCUCUAAAGCUGCAAGUAGGAUUGGAGGGAUGUUAGACAUAGUGCAUUAUGGGUAGGAAAGGAGUUGAGAGUUGGUGGCCAUGAGCUAACGGCCAAGUCAGAUCUGAGUGUCGGAUCCGAACCCAUCUCUUGAGGAAGAAUGAAAAUGUACAGCACAGAUGGAAUGUUAUGGUAAGUACAUAACUUAUUUUUCUUUUUAAUGCCAAAGUUUUAGCCAAAGACAUAUUUUAGACUGAAAAUAAUACAUUUUUAUCAUUCUUGGUUUUAACAGAACACCCUGACCACAAUAAAAAUCACUGGCAGUUUAACAAGCAGGGGCUGCACACUUUGUAUAUCAAAUUAGGAAAGAAACAAUUUGAAGUAGUCCCACAUCUGUCUUGUAUUUGUUCAUACUCAAACUGUACUUUUUGGAAAUAUGGAUUAUUCCAUUUUUAAAGUAAAAUAAAUAUUUAAUUUUCCCAUGUUAAGUAAUUCAAUGUAGAAACUUGUGAUACAUGACUAGACUGAUUUUGUGCAUUUUUCAAUGUGUGUACAGAUUUGUAAAUACUGAUUUUUUUUAUAAUUUUAACUACAUGUACAGUGUACUUGCCUGUAUAGUUAUUACUGCUGGAAAAAGAAGGCUGUAUAGGCUGUAUAUGAAAACUGUAACUAAUGUUUGAAGCCUGGACCAGUAGCAGAGACUUGUGUCUUUGUGUUUGAUGGUAUUAUUUUGCAUUUAGUCUUCCUGUCUGCUGCAGAAUUAUAGACUGUUGUAUUGAACCCAUUGAAAUAUAACUGAUGGAAGAAAUGUUACUUUUCUUUUCUUUUUUUUUUUUAAUAUGUAGCUGUCAGUUUGCUCAGUUCUUACUGAAUCUGCUGUUUCCUGUGAUCAUUGCUUGCUGGGAAACGUGUUGUGCCUCUGAAUUUUUCUUUUCUUUUCUGCACAUUUCUUGUGUAAUUUUAUAACAAAAAAAAAGAAAUGCAUUGUGAGCAUGUAUACUGGAAGGCAAAUAAAGGACGUCCUGAUGUUA